GAUAAUGAUACAUAUGGUGAAGAAAUAGCAAAGAAGUUCAUAAGAAAAUUACAGUAAUUUUUACAGCAAGAAGUAAUUUGAAGUGUAGUUUACUGAAGUUUUUUAAGAGUUAGUUCCCUUUCAUGAGUUCUAUUUUUUAUUUUCAGUAAGAACUUUCAUUGAUGAACCAGUUAACAUAUCAGAUUUUGUUGAUGAACCGGUUAGCAUAUUAGAAAAUACUAUGAUGUAUGUUCCUUCUAAAAAAAAUCCAGUAAUUGAAUAGUUCGGAUAUUUUGACUUUUGAUACCAAUAAAAAUAUAUCUUGCUUACACAGUAACAAUAAUUGCUAAUAUUUUUGAAAUAAUGCAUGGCUCGGGUUUCAAAUCUAGUUACUCGUACGACCUUUUCUGGUUGGUUUUAUGCUGAGAAGGCUAUUAGCCCAUGAUAAGAGUGGCUUGAUGGGUUCCAAAAGGAAGCCCAUUUGAUUAUCAAUGUAAAAACAGAUAUAGGUACAAUACUACUUUUUACGUACAACUUGAUUAUGGACACAUUGGACGGUGUUGAAAACUCUACAAACUUGGAUAUUGAAUCCAUAAAAUUCCUACCAGAAACAGAGAAACGAAAGAAGAAGGAAAGACCAAUUAAUUAAAUCACGUGAUUAAAUAUUAAGGUCUCCAAAAUUAGUUACGGGUCCAAUAUGCCAUCGCCGUUCUUUCCCUUACCGGAGCUCCGGCCUGUUGACGUUCCCGAGACAUGAUGGUGGAAUAUUCGUCCAUCACCCGCCCUUUCCCCAACCAAUUAUCGCUGGCCGCUCCUGCCCCGCUGCUUCAACAUAUGCGGAUAUGCCACUCCCUUCUACCAUUAUUUACACCUUUGACCAUCCUAUUGCUUUCCACCUUGACCACCAUCCCACAACUUUGGAAUCAAUUUGUAUACUACCAAAAAAAAAAAAAAAAAAAAAAUUGUAUACUACCAUACUCUUUUCUUCCAAAAAAAUGUAUUAAUUGUUUUGAUUCAUACAUGUAAAUACGAUUGUUUAGAGCUACACGAUUUCAAAUGGAUUCACCCUCCGGUGAUUGAAGAGUUGUAUGCGAUGAUUUUUGUCGAUAUCAACAACAAUGAGUAUCGUUCGUAGAUAUGUUCUUCAUUAGUUGGUACAUGAAAAAUUAAAAUUCAGGUUGGGCAAAUUAAUUUAAGGUACUCAAAAAUAAUAAUAAAAUCAAAAUUGAUGAUGACGAGAAUCGCCAACAAAUGAAAAGUUCAACCAGAUUAAAAAUUAAAUUUUUGAAUGGUAGAAGUAGAGGACAAAUGUUUUUCAAGAAUCAAAAGAGAAUGUAGUUUUUAAUGAGAGAAUGUAGAAUAAAUAAUUGAUCAAGGAUUCAGGAACCACUAACAAGAGUAGUCAACGAGGCGGGAAGAGGGUCAGACAGAACAGACAGAAGUGUCAUCCCAGUCGGUGGCAUUACCGUAAAUAACUCGAAACUCAGGUGCAUGCUGUGUGUGUGAGUGCCUGCGCUCUGCAUCGGUCUCGUUCAAUUCACGCGGAUUAGGGAACGACUCGUCAUGACCCAGGCCGAGCCAGGGUUGGUCCGAACUCGCGAUCGAUUAUAUACUGUCAGGAAAUUUCAUUUCCACCUUUCUCGGCAGCAAACUAAAGCUUUGGCAGCUGAGAGAUAGCAGAGUUCUCUCACCUCUCGUCUCUCUCUCUCAAAGCUUUCACCUCCCUUUCGACGAAAAACGCAGCAAUGGCUUUCUCCGAUUCCACCAAGAACUCGCUCAUCCCGAGCUUCCUCUACUCUUCUUCCUCCGUCUCCUCCAAGUCCUUCACCCUCUCCAAGCUCCUUAACUCCAGUCCCGCCGCCGAAUCCGCCUUCUCCCACCACUCCCCUUCCCUCAUGAGCAAGCCCGCCGCCGCCGCCGGUGGCUUUGCUAUCCCCGCUCCCAGCGAGCCCGGGAAGAUCGAGAUGUACUCUCCGGCUUUCUACGCCGCCUGUACCGCCGGCGGUAUCCUCAGCUGCGGUCUCACUCACAUGGCCGUCACUCCUCUUGACCUCGUCAAGUGCAAUAUGCAGAUUGACCCUACCAAAUACAAAAGCAUCUCGUCUGGCUUCGGGGUGUUGCUCAAGGAGCAAGGUGUAAGAGGUUUCUUCAGGGGAUGGGUGCCUACUCUCCUUGGUUACAGUGCUCAGGGCGCCUGCAAGUUUGGCUUCUAUGAAUUCUUCAAGAAGUACUACUCUGAUAUUGCUGGCCCCGAGUAUUCUGCCAAGUACAAGACCUUGAUCUACCUUGCUGGUUCUGCCUCUGCUGAGGUGAUUGCUGACAUUGCUCUUUGCCCGUUUGAGGCAGUGAAGGUUAGAGUGCAGACUCAGCCUGGGUUCGCCAGAGGUCUCUCUGAUGGUCUGCCCAAGUUCGUGAGAUCUGAAGGUGCUUUGGGAUUGUACAAGGGUCUUGUUCCUCUCUGGGGACGCCAAAUUCCUUACACCAUGAUGAAGUUUGCUUCCUUCGAGAUGAUUGUGGAGCUCAUCUACAAACAUGCAAUCCCCCAGCCGAAGAGCGAAUGCAGCAAAGGACUGCAGCUUGGUGUGAGCUUUGCUGGUGGGUAUGUUGCUGGUGUUUUGUGCGCAAUUGUCUCUCAUCCAGCUGACAACCUUGUGUCUUUCCUCAACAAUGCCAAGGGAGCUACCGUUGGUGAUGCUGUGAAGAAGAUUGGGAUGGUUGGUCUGUUCACUCGUGGGCUUCCUCUGCGUAUUGUCAUGAUUGGAACUCUCACUGGAGCUCAAUGGGGUAUCUAUGAUGCAUUCAAGGUUUUUGUUGGCCUGCCAACCACUGGUGGUGUUACCCCUGCACCAGCUGCACUUCCUUCUACCGAGACUGCAGAGGCCUAGGACGAUGAAUUGAAGAUCUGAUCGAUUUUGGUGCUUUCUGUGAAGUUUGGUAAAGAGCUAUAGGACAAAUAAGCGGAACUAGAAGGUGGAUUCAUAGCCUUAAAUGACACUGUUGAAGAUUUACUCCCUUUUGUUGGGUAGGAUACCCCAGACGUUAUAAGCCAUUUUUGUCGAAGUUGACUAUUCUAGGUUUUGGAUUUUGAGGGCGGGGGAUGUUUCUGCAUCCCUUGGGAAAUUUGAUUCAGACAAAUGCAUUUAUUUGGUUAGUAAAAAGAAAAGGGUAACCUUGGCUACAAUUGGUGUGACUAGGAUGCGUUUGCACAGCACAAUUUUAUUCAAUUUAAAUGGUAGCUUACUGCGCUUAUGCAAUGCGAUUCCCGUUUCAGCAGCUGUCUUAUGGAGGUUGUUUUCUGGUUCUUGUUGGGCAAAAUUUGGUACUGUAGGAUGUGAGCCGAAGCCUAUAGUCGUUAUGAACCUGCCGAAGGACUACUUGCAAAUAAUUUAUUUUCUUAUAA